CUCCUGGCGGGGUCUCUGCCGGCAGUGUAGCUGCUGGCGGGGUCUCUGCUGGCGGUGGUGCUGGUGACUGGUGCUGGCGGCUGGCGCUGGUGCUGGCGGCUGGCGGGUCCGAUGGCAGGUGUGGUGCGCUGGGCGGGACGGGGGACUCAGUUGCGAAGUCGACGGGAGGGCGGGCGGGGAAGAGGCGUGACUGGCGGAUGUUGGCGCUGGCGGCCGCCACUCCUUUCCCCCUCUCCUCUUCGCCCCCACUGCGACCGUCGCUGUUUCCGCGCCACGGAGCCGCGAGGAGGCAGCGUGACAGUGGCGGGUCCAUUGGCGGGCUCGCUCGCGGGCCCGUUGGCGGGUUCGUCGGCGGGCGUGCUGACACGCGCGCUUGCGGGUCCGUCGGUGGGCUUGUUGGCGCUCUCGUUGGCGGGUCCGACGGCGGGUCCGUCGGCGGGUUUGCUGGCGCUCUCGUUGGCGGAACCGACGGCGGGUCCGUCGGCGGGUUUGCUGGCGGGUCCGUCGGCGUGCUUGCUGGCGGGUCCGAUCCUGGCGUUCCUGGUGGGUUCCUGGCGUGCGCGGUGGCGUGCGUUGCUGGUAGUGCGCGGGCGACGGGUUGA